UGACCUCCAAGAAUAAUGUGUUACCACAGCCAUUUUUCUUUCCUUAAAAUUAUUCCAUGUGUUAAGAUGACCGAAUCACCAGAACGAGAAGUCUACAGGGAUCCAUCCAUUGUCACUUCUGACAACAAGAGUAAUGAUGAAAAUGGUGAUGAUCCAGAAAUUGCCGAAAAGAGCCACACCGCUACUAAAAUGUUGAAUAUCUUCAGACAGAUGGAAGAACGAAAGGAAACACAGCCACAAGGUCCUAAACCCUUGAAGAGGUUUACACCUCCUCCAGAGGAGACCCCAAGGAGGUUCCUGGAUACCAAUGACCAGAGUGACAACUCUGGUGUUACUGACAGUGAUACUGAUGAUGAAGUUCAAAAUGAAAAUGAACCUCAGAAUGGUCACCAUCAGAAUGGUGUCGGUAGGGAUGGUGUUGAUUAUGUUAAAGCGAGUGACAAGUGUGAGGAUGAAUUUUUGAAACAGGCAAGAAAUGAAGCAAGAGCCAAACAACUCAGAGCCAAAUUUGAGAAAUGGGAAAGCAAUGAAAUCAAAAGGGAACAAAGUACGAUAAAUGUUCUUGAAGAGUGCCAAACUGAAAAUAAUGACUCACAAUUAGAAAGUGCCAAAAGUCUGCGGGAUAGAUUUGAAUCAAUGCGCGAGAUGACGAAUCAAAUGAACAAGUCACCACGUGUAAAAGUGAAUCGAUUUGUGGAGAUUCAGACGAAUUGUGCCGAAUACUGUGCUAUUUGUGAGAAGAAAGUGUAUCCCCUGGAGAAAAUUGAUUGCAACAGCAAAAUCUAUCACAAGCAAUGCUUCAGAUGCGUCCACUGCAACGCCGUAUUGAGAAUGGACACUUACACCCACAAUCAUGGAGUUCUGUAUUGCAUCCCUCAUUUCAAGCAACUCUUUAUCUCCAAAGGCAAUUACGAAUCCGGAUUUGGUUUGGAUCCACACAAGACCAAAUGGGAGAAGCAAGAAGUCACUGCCAAUGAAUAGGAAACACAUCUGGAAUUAUAAAAAAAAAAUUAAACGACUAAAUAAUCGUUUUACAAAUAUCAGGUUAGAACUCCGAAGACGGUAACAAAAAUAAUGAGCAGAAAUUAUGAUUUCAAAAGAGUUUUGCAUAUGAUGGGAUAAAUUAUCGAAAAACAUUUAUUGUUCAAUGGUAAGCAUAACAUACAGGUCUUAGUGUCUUUGUUUAAAAUUUUACUAUUUUAGUCGAAGGAGU